CUGCCUUAGCACACACACAGUUAGCCGUUAGACUCAGACUAGUCGUGCGGGUUCUGUUCUGAACCUUUGGUAGCAAGCCUCCUUGUCCGUAGACCGUAGUGCCGGGCGUUACCUGUCAACACUGACUGGCAAGCGAGGAGACCCGAGUUUUUAAAAGCUAUGUUUCACGCGUGAUUUUAGUAUUGUGGAGAAACUUUCGUGAUUGUCAUCUUUACAGAGUAGGAAAAUGUGCGUCGCGUAAACCUGGUUGGCGAAUGUGUGGGGUGCAAUUGUCAGUAUUCCGUAUCCUGUUUUAUAGAUACACUGACAUGCGUUUAUAUAUCUGCUAUUUAGGGCUUUCUCCGCGGUGACAUGACUGACGCAAGGUGAUACCAUCCUCCAACCCCCUCCCUCGUGACGUAGGUAUACAUGUGAUGCUUCUCUAGCGGAAAUCCCCGGAGUUUGCUGGGAAAAAACCACUUUCCUGAGGUCACAGUGAGGUGGAUCAAACAGAUCUCGCCUCGGUGAGCGAGAGUGAGAAGCCGAUGAGCCAGAUUCUGUGGAGUAGACAGCUAGCUAUACUUUCUACGCGUAAGACUUGUGUGCCCUACUUGAUAAAUUCCAAUAGUUUUCGAUAGUGUUCAGAAAAGGAAUCUAUUAGCUUUUUCCGGUACUUAGUAUACACAUCACUGUACAUCAUUAGAUAUUACAUGCCCUUCCCAAGUGACUGUGUGAUGUACUAUAUAAUAAGCCUACUGCCGACGACAGAUAUGUAGUACUAAGGUGAAUAAUUUCGUGAAGAAAAGACUUGGCAGGCGAAUAAACAGUUAGUAUGUCACGCCGAGGCCGUGAAAGGCACAGUGAAAAGUAACAAUGAAUAUCUUAGGAAAAAAUAUGGACGAGUAUAAAGAUAAUGAAGAAGUCAGUAGCCGCGAGAGAGCUACCUUGUUCUUGUGAGACGGAUGCUCCUGCCAGCCUUGUAUAGUACUAUACACAAGUCAAGUCGAUUUAGGGAGAAGUAUCGAUGAGCUACAGUCAUCCGGGUUUGAAAGCAUAUAUAUUUUUGCAAGGUUUGUUUACAUCGGAGGCCACUCUGCAGGAGCCAGCAGCGAGCUUGAUUCUCUGUACAACUGCUGAGAGGCAGAUAAGUGAGCCGCGGCUCUGCCUCACUGGUUAGGAAUGGUUCUGAGAGCCAGAAAAACUCCGUUUCCGUUGCAAACGACCUUAGAGAUUUUGGACAACGAAGAAAGUAUGCCUUGUCCUUCGCACACCUGUGGUGACCAGUUCUCAUCAGACCAGCCAAGCAACCAGUCUCAGCAGCAACAGUUAACCUGCCAAGAAUAUGGAUACACCCAAGAGGCGCCAUCAGAUCUAGAGCGGAAAGAUCACAGACCAGAGCAGCGACAAGCAUCACUGUCACAGCCAUGCCAACUGGAGGAACCACUUCGGCAUGAAUCAGAGGACCUGCAACAGGAGGACGUGGUAUCCGAGCCGAUGCCUCAGAAAGAAUCAGAAAACGAAGAUUCGCAGCGAACGAAUCAUGACGAGAGCGACAGGGAUCCUUUGCAGCCAAAUGGAGAAAUAUCUGGUAGUCAAGAAACCGAUCGAAUUCAACCAAGAAAUGUUGGCUCUUCUGAAGAAUAUGAGAAAGAGCAUAUUAGUACCCCGCAGCAAACACCGCAAGAACAUGAAAUGGAAAAGCAUCAGUCCCUCUCCCCACCGAAAAUCUGUCAGCAAGAGGAAGAGACCGACCCUUCUGAGCAGUCACAAUCACCCUCUGUGGAGAAUAAAUGUAAAAACAGUGCCUUACAUUCCUCAGACCACACCACUGAAGAGCAAGACAGGUUGUCACUGCCACCUGAAGAGUCUCCUCAGCAGGAAGUAAAGGGGCACAACCAGCCACAAUUACAGAAUGGUGAUGUGUUAAAAGACAGCACAAAGGACGACGAUCCAUCGCUGUUUAAUGAAAUUGAUCAGCGCACACUUCGCCUUCGUAAAAUGAACGACACAGUUUCUUGCAAAAUAAUGCAUACAAUUCUAACCUGGGGCACCAAAGACAAACAGAGCAACGUGGGAUUUUAUGAGUAUUUACUUCAAGAGAAAAAAGUACCAAAUAAUAUCUUGAAGAUGAAAUUCACCAAAGACCAGAAAGAAAAAAUGUAUCAGGAUCCCUCGGGGUCCAUUUUUGACAUAACACUUCUGUUUCUGUGCAUCAAAUAUGCCUGCGAAGGUAUGGCUCCUCCGAAGUCAGACCUUUGGCACACAAGAGGUGACACUCUUGAACAAACACUGGCCUAUUUAAAAACAUUCAGAAAUAAUAUCACCCAUGAUAUGACAAGCUUAUCCUUGCCUGAAUUCAUGGGAGAAACAGAAAGUCUACGAGAUAAUCAGGAAAAGUGUUUGCGGCUGGCAGGUGAGAGAUAUUCUAUUGACAAAUCAGAGAUAGAAAGACAUGUGGACGAAAUGAACGCAGACAUCAGCAGAAUUCGAGAUAAUCCUUUAGUCAUUCUUGACAUAAAAAGUUUUGACAAUCAGCCACUGUUUAAAGAAUGGGUUAGUAUUUUAUCAACCCAGGGAAAGGCCGAGAUUGUCGAAGCGUACAAAAAAUUCUGUAACUUUAAUCCAGUGUCAUUUAUAACUGGUAAAGAAUUCAGUCUACACAUUGGGAACGUUUUUACACGUAUUGAAGUGGUUAGUGAUCAGAAAUCUCCAUUUGAUGAAAAAGAAUGCCACAGCAUAGAGUACGAACAGCUGCUAUCAUUUGGGAGCAGAUCACACAGUGGAUCAGAAAAGAUUAAACUGAUUGAAGGCCCAGCAGGAUCCGGAAAAUCAACUUUAACCAGGAAAAUGAUAGGAGACUGGGUCUCUGGUGACACAAGUAUGGAGAGCCUGUCAUCCUUUGAUCUUGUGUUAUACAUGGAAUGUAGAAACACGACUAAUACCUCUUUCCAUCAGCUGCUGGUAUCACUGAUGCCCAAAACUGCACAGAGGUUUAGAGAGAAGAGUAUGGUGACAUGUGCGUUGGCACUGAGGCUGCUCAUCAUCGUUGAUGGUCUUGAUGAAAUGAACAAAUCAUCAAGACAGUUGUUUAAAGAGAUUUUACAUUUGAAGGAAAGACACGAAAUAAGUCUGUUUUGUACCAUGAGGCCCGAGAAGAUAGAGGACUGCUACAAAAUGAUAACUAGUGGAGAAGAAACGACCCAUUUGAAGAUCACGGGAAUUCCAGCAACUCGAAGGGAAGAGUUUGCAUCAAAGUAUCACGAAGAACUCCGAAAGCUCGGUAAAAGUCAACAAGAAACUAGAGGGCUUAUAACUUACCUGAAAACAAGUCAAAGACAUUUACAAGACCACUUACGAUUACCUCUUAAUCUGGUAUUACUUACGAUUUUGUGGUCCAUUGCACCAGAAAAGGUAAACUGCGUCACAACAGCAACUGAGCUAUACUACGAGAUUCACAAACUCACAGUAGACAAACUUCUAUUGAGACUCAAAUCCCGAGAGGAAACGCAACACCUAAGUGUACAUGACUUGCAAUGCAAAGUUGAAUCUUUUGUAGUGACGCUUUGCAAGCAGGCCUUAAUUGGGCUGAAGAACGAUGAGAUUAUGUUGUCAGAUGACUCAAUUUUUUUACUCAAAAAUGUCUGCACUAGGGUUGGCUUACAUGAUGAAGAGACGCUAGGAGCAUUUUUGGUCCACAAAAUUAUGUGGACAUCGACAGGACUGCUUUUCAAAAUUAAUUACCCUCACAAGGGUAUCCAGGAGUUCUUAAGUGCUUUGUUUAUAUUGCUGAAGCUAAAAGAUAAAGGCGUUCCCCUUGAUAUUAGAACUUUAAUAAGGUGUGACUUACAAGACAUAUCUUCUGAAAUGGGAUCUAAGUCACAUUCAAGAGGUGACGCAACUCUAACUAACUGUGGUUGCAUGAGUCGAUUAAGCAGUGUCAUUCUAAGACCUUGCCACAGAGUUCACAAAAGGUUCAGGCAGGCCUUUUGUGGAGAACCUGAAUUUCAUACAGGGAGGACGCCGCUGAUUCACAGAAUUAGGAGAAGCGUGUCUGGGUCACUUUUGGUCUUGGUCAACGGACCACCAUCCACCUCAGUCAUCACGAGCAUCCUUCAGGAGCUGUAUCCAGAUAACGAACAUGUAGAGUAUUACAAAUUUAAAGAUGCCUUCAUCCAUCUGACUGGCCUGUUACACUUGACGAGUAAGAACAACAUUAGCAGGCCUCUGGUGGAAGAACUUGUAGGAAUACUUCAGAAGACAGGUAUCAAGAAGAGAGAAGAAUGGCUGGAUCUCAUUUCUAAUGUUAAAUGUUCUGAUAUUGUAGCAGAUGUCAUUGCAGAGAAAAUUCCCAGCAUAACUUUUGAAAAUAUCACAAUAAAGGACUCAAGAGUCUACUCUUACUUAAGCCUUUUCCAGAAAAGAUGUCCAGAAUCUCUGAAGGUGGACAUCACAGCUAGACCCGUGGAUAUUCCACGGCUGGAGGAGCUUCUGUGUCUCCUAAGUGAGCAUAUGUGUGAGGUGACCAACUUGGAGUUUCACGAUGAAUUUCAAUAUCCAUCACACAUGGCCAGCUCUUUGGACUGGGCUGUUCAACAGAUCUUCCAGGACUGUAAUGUUAGAUGUUACCGAGGAGCUAUAAGUCAGCGCUUUCCUAUCAACAUUCCCGCUACAAUUCAGAAACUCCGGAUAGGAAUUGCCAACGCCGAACAGUUUUCCGCACUCCAGCAGCUUUUGGCAGCGAAUUCCACAUCACUGUCUUCUAUCAAACGUUUAGUUGUUCACCUGAGUAAGGGCAUCGAUUAUAGUCAACUGACCCCUUUACCUCGUGGACUAUUUAUCCAUCUGUAUCUAGGUGACAUUGACCACAGCAGUGUGGAAUGGGCAUGCAAGGCAGCCCAAUCUGUCCAACCCAAGGGAAGGGGCUUCUUAAGCAUCAUGUUUCCACGCUGCACACUGGACGUCUGCGACCUGGAGGAGCUGGUGAACGGACUGGUCGAGGCAGAUAUCAAAGUCUCGUCAGCCAUUUGCACAUCUGCCAACAUUCCUUUCACCUCCGUGCAAAGUCUCGAAUCUUACACUAGAAGUAAACUCAAGACUGACUUCAAACUGAUAUCAGAGCAAGACAUAUGGACGAAGUGGUAACACUGAAAAGUCUCUUAUCUGUGUUCGAUGAAGAAGCCAGUUUUUGUCACCAGCUACGCGUCUCGUCCAUCAAGAAUUGUCUGUGCUAAAAUCAAGAGGCAUCUGAACUGUGCCAAGGGCCUUCUCGUGGUCAAGUCGGUAGCGCGACCUCGUUCUAGUACUUUGAAGGCGGGUUCGAAUCCUGCUAUGGACGUCAGAAUAGCUUUUUUAUGCUUACAACUGGAUCUCAGACUUCGUAGUGACUAGCGUAUCCGAAAAGUGUGAUGAACUGGAGAAGUUUGAAAGGACAUUGUGGUUAGUUCAUGCAGCAGGAAUAUUUGGGACCAUUCUGGGCCAUGAAACUGGUUGGACUGAUGUAGCCCCUUCCGUCGCAGAAAUCACAAUGAAAAUAUGGCAGGUUGAACGUUGUUCUCAUAUCACGACGUACUUAUUUUAGGUGAAAUUCCUGUUUGCAUGACGUGGAAAGGUCCAUAUUUAUUUUUUUUUUUCAUAGAAUUCACAAGUUUUGUACGAUAACAAUACAGACAUUUUGGAACAACAUAUUAGGGACAAGAAGUUGAUGACUCCAUUCUGAAAAGGGUUCCAGAAGUUUUAUUGUAAAUCAAACUUGAGUGGAUGUGAUCUUGAGAACAUUCUUAGAUAACUGUGAUCCACAACCCACUAUCUCCGGGGAAUUAUAUAUUGUAAAUAAAUACGAAAUGCAUCUAGUACUGAUCGUGUGUUACUGACAGCGCCCUUGUAAAAGUGCGUAAAUAUUUGUACGUGAUGUGAACGCAUAUUUACAUCAGAAAUGGAAAUAAAGAGUGGUGUAAAAACAUCUUCUCCUCCAAAGUGGAAAUAAUGGAGUGACGUAAAAGUAGCUUUACAUCCGAUGUGGAUAUAAAGGAGUGAUGUAAGAGCAGCUUUAUAUCUGAAGUGGAAAUAAAGGAGUGAUGUAAAAGUAGCUUUACAUUCAAAGUGGAAAUAAAGGAGUGACGUAAACGCAUCUCUUCCUCCGAAGUGGAAAUAAAGGAGUGACGUAAACGCAUCUCUUCCUCCGGAGUGGAAGUAAAGGAGUGACGUACAUCCGAAGCGGAAAUAAAGGAGUGACGUACAUCCGAAGCGGAAAUAAAGGAGUGAUGUAAAAGUAGCUUUACAUCCGAAGUGGGAAUAAAGGAGUGACGUAAACGCAUCUCUUCCUCCGAAGUGGAAAUAAAGAGUGAUGCCAAAGCAGCUUUAGAUCAGAAGAGGAAAUAAAAUAAAGUAAAAAUUCAGAAAGCAGACAUUUUAUGAAAGAAAAGUAAAAAAAGAAUUGAUGUCCUGAGAAGAGUAUGUAAGUCUCUAAGGGCGUGAAACUAGUUCUUUUUUUCGGCAAAAGGAACAAAGGGGCGAAAGAGAAUUUGAAAAAGCUCGGUCAAGUGAGGGAUUUGUCGAUCUGGUUAAAUUGCUGAAAUUACGCGGACAGUUUUGUCGUCAACGAAGCUUAAAGUGUGAUUUUCAGACUGAUUUAUUGUCUAAGAUGCAUUAUUAUGCAUCUUAGACAAUAAGAAACUGUGCUUGUAGAUGGCAUAUAUACAACUACACUGGGUGACACUUUAAAGGCAGAUUGGUAAAUGAUUUGCCUUCUGAUGUGUAGGAAACUCUAUGGCGAGAACAGGAGUAUCUUUGUAUAAGGUCCAUAGUAGGUUGUCAAUGGUAGAAUGUGAGGAUUUAUCAGAAUGAGUUCUUUAUACAUUUUCAUAAAGUCUCACGUUCUACCAUUAUAUAUAUAUAUAUAUAUAUAUAUAUAUAUAUAUAUAUAUAUAUAUAUAUAUAUAUAUAU